AUGAAUAUACAGGAGAAAACCCACGGUAACUGUGAAGGCCCUGAUGCCAUGCAUGUCAAAUUAAUAUCUUCUGAUGGUCAUGAAUUAAUUCUGAACAGAGAACACAUGCAAACAUCAAGAGCAAUAAAAGCCAUGUCAAGUGGGCCAGGUCAGUUUGCUGAGAAUGAAAUGAAUGAGGCCAAUUUUAGAGAGAUCCUUCCGCACAUGCUAUGGAAAAUAUGCAUGUAUUUUACCUACAAGGUCCACUACACUAACAACUCCACAAGAUUACCAAUUCCCAAUCACUCCUAA